UCCCUACACCCCCUCCCAUCUCUCUCGCUCGCUUGUCAUCACGUAUGUAGCAUGCAGAGCCGGCAGCGGAGCCAGCGAGCCACAGCCGAGGUCUUUUUUAAUGAGAUACGGCGAGGCAGGGAGCGAGGGGGCUGUGGCUGGAGACCCGGAUUCGGCGCUGCGGAUGGCUGCUGUCCUUCAGCGGGCAGCAAAAUGAAGGGGAGAGGAAGCGAGGCAGAGUUGUAACCUUUUUUGCGACUCAGCCCGGGGAUCUUUGCGCUCGCUUGUGCGUCUGUGUUUCGUUUUAUUUUUUUCCCUUCCCCAACGACGGGACCUAGGAGAGCCUAAAGGAAGGGGCAAGAAGGAGAAAGAUGUCCUCGGCUAAGGAUGCGGGCGGAGGAGCGCAACAUGCCCAGUACGUAGGGCCGUACAGACUGGAGAAGACGUUGGGGAAGGGACAGACAGGACUGGUGAAGCUGGGUGUUCACUGUGUGACGGGAAGAAAAGUGGCAAUAAAAAUAGUGAACCGCGAGAAGCUCAGCGAGUCCGUGUUAAUGAAGGUGGAGAGGGAGAUCGCCAUCCUGAAACUCAUCGAGCACCCACACGUGUUGAAGCUGUACGAUGUCUACGAGAACAAGAAGUACCUGUACCUGGUGCUGGAGCACGUGUCAGGAGGAGAACUGUUUGACUACUUGGUGAAGAAAGGACGACUCACCCCCAAAGAGGCGCGCAAGUUCCUCCGCCAGAUCAUCUCUGCGCUGGACUUUUGCCACAGUCACUCCAUAUGCCACCGUGAUUUGAAGCCAGAAAAUCUCCUCCUGGAUGAGAAGAACAACAUUCGGAUCGCGGAUUUUGGCAUGGCGUCUCUACAGGUUGGGGACAACCUUCUGGAGACCAGUUGUGGCUCCCCGCACUACGCCUGCCCCGAAGUCAUACGAGGAGAGAAAUACGAUGGGAGGAAGGCUGACGUUUGGAGCUGCGGAGUCAUCCUCUUCGCGCUUCUAGUGGGCGCGCUUCCCUUCGAUGACGACAACCUGCGGCAGCUGCUGGAGAAGGUGAAGCGUGGCGUGUUCCACAUGCCGCACUUCAUCCCCCCCGACUGCCAGAACCUCCUUCGGGGGAUGAUCGAGGUGGACACCAACAAGCGACUGACGCUGGAACAAGUUCAGAAACAUUCCUGGUAUCUUGUCGGUGCGAAGAACGAGCCAGAGCCAGAGCAGCCGGUGCCACGCAAGGUGACGCUGCACCCAAUCCAGGGCGUGGAGGACAUUGACCCCGACGUGCUGGAGAGCAUGAACUCUCUAGGCUGCUUCCAAGACAAGAGCAAGCUCAUCCAGGACUUGCUGUCCGAAGAGGAAAACCAGGAGAAGAUGGUGUACUUCCUGUUGCUCGACCGGAAAGAGCGAUAUCCCAGCCAGGAGGACGAAAAUCUCCCGCCCAGAAAUGAGAUCGCGGACCCGCCACGGAAGCGCGUCGACUCGCCGCUGCUCAACAGACACGGCAAGUGGCGGCCCGAGCAAAAGUCAAUGGAGGUGCUCAGCGUCACGGACGGCGGGUCUCCCGUUACCGCGCGACGAGCGCUGGAGAUGGCGCAGCACAGCCAGAGUAAACAGCUGAGCGUGCCGGUCAGAAUCAUGCCAAAGCACAUCCAGGCAGACAGGUCCCGGUCAGUAAGCGGUGCAUCGACAGGAUUAGUCACGAGUCCUCUCAGCAGUCCAAAGGUGACACCCCACCCUUCCCCUCGAGGCAGCCCCCUCCCCACCCCCAAGGGCACGCCCCACCACACCCCCAGGGACAGCCCGGCCGGCACGCCGAGCCCCACGCCGCCCUCGAGCCCCAGCGUGGGCGGCGCCCCGUGGCGUGCACGCCUCCACUCCUUCAAGCACACCUUCCUCGGCUCGCCCAGGUUCCACCGCAGGAAGCUGCAAGUUCCUACUCCCGAAGAGAUGUCAAGUCUGACCCCCGAGUCAUCCCCAGAGCUCGCGAAAAAGUCAUGGUUUGGGAACUUCAUUAAUGCGGAGAAGGAGGAGCAGAUAUUUGUCGUGAUCAAGGACAAGCCCAUCAGCUCCAUCAAGGCCGACAUCGUGCAUGCCUUCCUCUCGAUUCCGAGCCUGAGUCACAGCGUGCUGUCGCAAACGAGUUUCCGGGCAGAAUAUAAGUCCGCUGGGAGCCCCGUGGUUUUCCAGAAGCCCGUCAAGUUCCAGGUGGACAUCACCUACUCAGAGGGCAACCCCGGCCUAAAGGAGACGGGGAUUUACUCCGUCACCUUCACCCUCAUGUCAGGUCCCAGCAGGAGGUUCAAGAAGGUUGUGGAGAUCAUCCAGGCACAGCUGGUGAACUCGCACGACCAACCGCUGGUGCAGCAGCUCGCAGUGCGUAUUUCAGACGAGAAGAAUGCCAAGGGUCCACAGACGCCCGGCACCCCGUCCCGGAACAAGCGCAACGAGAUCGAAUCGAGUCCCAAGAUCGACGUGAAACCGCCAGCUGCGAAAGAGAAAGUCUAGUUGCACGGAGGGGUGGAUGGGAAAAAAUAAAUAGUCGAAGCGUGCUCGCAACUCGUGCGCACAGCACACGAGCGACGGCUGUAAAUAAGGUGCUCUGUCGAACCACCACCGUCUUUCUACCUGCAGGUGUAGAUAUGCAACCCCCGUCCUGUAUCUAAAGGCAUACAAAUGUAUCACGAGCGAGAACAGUAUAAAAGCGUUCUUUUUCCCGAUGCAUUGAAUUCAAUGCCUGCCAAGAAAAUGCGUGGAAGCUUUGUGUCAACUUCAAUCGUAUGCACAGUUUUUACAGUAAUUGCCCGACUCCUUUUUGCUGUAUUUACAUAAAGUAGGAUGUAGCGUUUUGUUGGGGUUUUUUUGUUUACUUUAUUUAUUCGAAGUCGGUUUGUUUAUGCGAAGCCAAGUUAAUGUAGCAUCCAGCUGCACAGUGUCUGUGCAUACACAGGUGUCCACCACUACCCAUGAUCCUUUGCGUUGUCGUUUAUUUAUUUGUACGUGAUUCUGAGUUACUCACCCACAUGAAAAAAAAAUUGUGAUCUUUGGCCAUGGUAGGAAAAAAGUACAUUUUUUUAAACAAUCAGUUGAAUGGGUACACAAAUACUCGCACUCUCUUCAAAAUGUGUGUAAAUUGCCUUAGAGUGUGCAACACAAAAAUGGGUAUUUUUUUCUGUUUUCAAAGUGUGGCUUUUAAGAGGGCGAGUAAGAUAAUGAUGGCCAUUUUACCCUAAAUCGAAGCUUUAGUUGCUGACAAAAAAAUAAAACAAAGACAAAAAAUGACAAAACGUAUAUAUGUAUACACAAAAGGAAAAAAAAAACUAGAUUAAUGUUUUUUGCUGCAGGGCAAACUCAAAGUAUGCAAAAGUAUAUUGUAAAAAGAACCAACUAGUUUGUAUAUCAUCCCAUUCCACUGCUGGCUUAGUUGUAUGGUCAUAUUUGCUCUUUUUUUGUUGGACUUAGUUGCACUUUAUUAAGAUCUUUGAUGUGACAGAAGUUAAAGACUCCCCCCCCGCCCCUCCGCCCACCUCGUUUUCUCCCCUCCACUACCGCCCCUCACCUCUCAUUGUAAGUUUUUUUUAUUUUAUUUAUGAUAAAUUCAGUGUGUGCAAGUAAUAUAUUAAUGUGGUGUAUUGUGAAGUCUUGUAGAUAUUUUUCCACCAGAACGAUUUAAUUUAUUGGGACGGGAAAGGGUGCCGUAUAUCAAUGCAGUGUUACCGGUAGAAUUUUACUGCUUUAUUUUUACAGUUUUGCUUUUUAUCUCUCUCCUUACAUUUGCCUUCCAAAUUUGGUCCGUGUAUUACCAUUUAUCGUGCUACUGUGAAAAUGCUUAAAUAUUUCUUCCAUAAUUUAUUUCAAUUGUUUUACGCGUUUAUACCUUCAAAAUUAAAACAAUAUACUGUUUGUAUAUUAACUAGGUGAUGAAUCUUGCCGACAUCCACGUUAAUUAUGCAUGCUCCCUAGAACAUUUUUGUUGCAUGAUGUCAGUGUUACUUACUCGCCUAUAUGUGAAUGUCAAUUUUCUGCUGUUACUCUCCUCUCUCUCUCUCUUGCGGGUCUCCUCCCUGAACUUUACCAUCACUGACCAAACUCUCCCCUGCUUCCAGUCAAACCUGACUCCUGGCUUUCCUGUAUCACCGCUGCCCUCCCCCUGCCCCCUGCCCCCUCCCCUGCCCCCCGGGUUUCUCCGCUCCCUUUUUUCCCCCACUCCCUUUUUUGCCCCCCCCCCCCUGUCGUCCUUUGGCCUCUUGGAGAGUUUAGCAUUUAGACCUUUUUCUAUUACACCUGAGCACCGCGGUAGAAAUCUGGGGCCGCUUUUAUUCCCGCAGGAGGCACUGUUGCACCAGGAUUGCAGGAACCCUUCCCAGGCGGGGAAUGAAUCUCAAGCACAACCUUUUGCAGAAGUGGCUCAUUUUGACGUUUUUUGUUGUUGUUGUUGAAUCUGUAAGGGUUUCUGCACUCCUUCACCGUUUGACCAUCGUUUUACGAGGGUGCGCAGCACUCGCUUGGAACGGCGGCCGCUAAAAAAAAGGGAGACUCCGCUGCAGCUGAAUGCUUCAAGUAAAAAAAAGUUUUCUGAACCUAAUUUGCAGGGAAAACUACUUUUGGCAAUCGCGGCUAAACAGGCGUUUUUCCUCGAACAUCGUGCCAUUUGUGGCCACUUUGCCCUCUAUGUACAGUGAUUUUGUCUAUUUAUUAGUUUAUUUAUUAGCAUAUUUAAUUUAAACCAAUCAGCAGAAUCGGUAUCCGUUCAAAGGCACUGCAACGGAAAUCACUGCUACAAGUAUCCCACUUAUAUAUAACCACCGAAAUCGCGAAUGCAGUGUUGACAAUUUGAGCAGAAAUCAUUGGUCCAGUAUCUCCUAUGGGAAGUGGCCCAGAAAAGCAAUACUUUUGCAAUAUGGUGUACCCCCAUCAUCUGAAGUCUGUUGGCUAGAGCAGUCUUACCUUGGCAAGUAUGGUGUAUGAGAUUAAUAAAAUGUCUUCUUGGUUAAAAAAAA